GCAUUUCGCUUAAAUACAGCUGAAAACUGUACCUUUAAUUACGCUAAUUUAUGCAAGUUAGUUAGUCAACGGCCGUCAUGCAACAACCUAAAAAAAAAUGGCACAAAAAGCGGAAAAGAAAAUGCGCGAAUCGCCAUUUUAAUGCCAACCACCAGCUGAGUCUUGUAGGCAAGCCAAAGCUACCUAAGUUUUGUUUUCGCACGCUUGACGCUCAUUUACGACUUAUCGAAGAGUGCAAGAUGCCGAGGUGUUCUGCAAAGUACUGCAGGUCCCAUUCCUUUUACAAAGAACCCGGAGUAUCUUUCCAUGCCUUUCCUAAGGACCCAGGACUGCGUGCAAAGUGGCUCGGGGCUGUAGGAAGAGGCAGCGACUGGCAACCGAAAAAAUGGGGACAGAUCUGCUCCAAGCAUUUUCGCCCCGAAGACUUUGAUCGGACGUCACUGGUGUGCGUUCGACUUCGGGAACGCGUGGUUCCCUCCGUAUUCAAUCAAGAAUGGAUUGAACAUGUAAAACCAUCUCCAACUGACAGCUGCAUGGACUCCUGCACCGCUGAAGGCAUUGACGUGCCUCGUUCUCUACAGAUUGAAUAUGCGGAACUGCCUGGGUCCGACCGGCACUUAUACACUUGCAUCCAGAAAGGGAUUCCUGGGGCGGGGACAUCCACCAAAGCCGGCGUUGAAACUGGCAUCACGGAGCAGUUUCCCACACAUUCAGAUUCACACGAGGGCCCUCCGCCAUCCCAAGACCUGUAUUUUGAUGGAACGCAAAGAGAAGCUGGAACAGUGGCUGAGGCUCAAGCAUUCAGAAAAGCAGCGUUCUUCGAAACCUUUGCGAAAGCGAAGCAAAGAAGUCAUCACCACCUGAGGUACAGACCUGAACACAAGGCUAGAUCAAAGAAACUGAGAAUGAGAAGAAACUAAGUGUCACAUUCUCCAACAGCGAUAGGAAUUUCGCCUGCUCCUGUCCAUCCCCAUCACAUCAAAGGGAGAGUUCCUAGAAGAUAUGGCACGCAUCUGUGCAGGGCGUGCAAUAUAGAGAAUGAGACAUCAGCAGUACCUCCUCUAUUAUCAUUCCAAGAUUAAGAUGUGCCACAAAUAUCUUGAAAGUGGCGCUGCCAAUUCUUGCUCAGAAGCUUGUCUGCUUUGUGCUGGACUUGUCCAAUGAUAGUUGUGCCAAGAGGCACUGAAUGUUCCUAAUAGCUAACACAUUCCGUUGUGUCCACUGAUGAAAGUGAGAAGUUGGAUUGUACCAGAUUACAUUUCUGACUGAGAAAUAAACUGCUUCCCCUCAGAAAGGCAAUCUUUUUUUACAGCGGAGCUUUUAAGGUUUAGGUUC